GAGAGAAGAGGCAGUGUUCCGCAGUACAGCUCUCCAGCUACACGGGCGAUGGAGCCCAGCAUUGCCUCCCCUGGCAAGCGCAGAAACCUGGGCUUUUUCAAACCGAAGCUGUACAUCCAGGAGCGGCGCCGCACUGACACGAUCAUUCCCAACACGGCGCCUGCUGACGACGAAGAGAGAUGCGGCACUUUGAGGAGGACUCAGUCUGACCGCACAGAGUACAGUCACAAACUGAAAGCUAAGAUGACUCCUCAUGCCAUUCCUGAAGCUCCAGUGACCCCAAAUCUGGACCCAGAGGAGCAGAGGCAGCACAUGAUGGGCAGGAGGUUAAAGGUCAUCAAAGAGCUCGUAGAGACAGAGAAAGACCACUUCAAUGACCUGGACUUAUGCAUCACACAAGUAGUUCAACCACUGAGAGAGAAAAAGGUGGAGUGUCUUGAUGUCGAUGGGUUGUUCAGCAACAUUGAAUCAGUUCAUCAGAUAUCUGCCAAGCUGUUGUCCAUGUUAGAAUAUGCCAUUGCUGAAGAUGAGCCAGAGAUGCAAAUGAUUGGUGAAAUAUUUUUGCAGCUUAAAACUCCUUUAGAAGAAGUUUACAAAAUCUAUUGUUACCACCACAAUGAUGCCAAUAGUUUGCUUGAAACAUAUGACAAAGAUGAUGAAAUUCAGCAACAUAUAAGGAAUCAAGUCGAUGCGCUGAAGAAAAUAUACCAGGAGCAAGGGAAGUCCACCUUGUUGGAUAUGGGCUCGCUGCUUAUUAAGCCAGUACAACGAGUGAUGAAGUACCCGCUGCUAUUGAGUGAGCUUUUCAAAUCCACUCCAGAGUUACAUGCAGAUCAUAAACCAGUUGGAGAAGCGUUAGCAGCAGUGAGGCAAAUCAACGUGAACAUUAAUGAGUUUAAAAGGCGGAAAGACCUAGUGAUGAAGUACAAGAAAAGUGAUGAAGAUGAAUCUCUAAGGGACAAGCUGUCCAAGGUGAACAUUCGAUCAAUUAGGAAAAAGUCCAACCGUGUCACCAGUCACUUGAAGAUCCUCACCUGGGGGGAGCUACAGGUCAAAGAUGAGACAUUCGAUAGAGAGGAGAAAAUAUUUCGAAACUUAGAGAAGGCUGUGAGACUUUGUGCAAAGAAUACUUCCUGCUACCAUCAAAACAUUCAGGAAGGUAUGUUACUGGCCGUUCAGAAUGUGCACAGCCUUCAAAGAAUUUUGCAGGAUUCCAACAACAGCAACUGUGACUCUGUUCAGGACUUGAAGACCUAUCAACAAUCAUUUGAAAGUUUUAAAGAUCGUUUGGAGAGGCUGAUUGUGGUCCCACUUGCUGCGUUACAUAUCCUAUUUUCGACUCCUCAGAAACUCAUACAGAAGCGUUAUGACAAGCUGCUUGAUUAUGUAAGCUGCCUCAAGCAGUCUGAAAGUGUGAGAGACAAGCGGGCAGCCGAGGAACUGAAUGAGGCAAAGAAGGAUUAUGAAGCGCUGAAUGGCCAGUUAGUCGAGGAACUUCAGAAGUUUAACAAGGCGGCAAAGGAAAUACUAAUUAACUGCAUCUACUGCUUUAUGGCUGUUUUCAGGGACCUUAUGAGCUCAGCACUGCAGGCCUCUCCAUCUGGAAAGACCAUACUGAUUUCUCCUUCAGACAGUGUUCGAGACAGGAAAAAGCAAGCCAUUGAAGAAAUUCAUAGUUUGUCAUUUGGUAAAGAAUUUGGAUCUCAGAGAGUGAUUGAAAGGAGGUCCAGCUUAGAAGAACGGUCAAAGAAAAGAACAUCUGCCCCAUUGCCACAAGCUCCCCAGCAGACUGAAGAUGACAGGGCGAAGCUCUUGGCAACACACAGCCCUGACAAACUUUUUCAAGCAAAGCGAAAAUUCAAUGCUGCCCAAGAUUUAGAUGCGUCUCUUCAUGAGGGGGAAAUCGUGGCAGUUCUUGAGAAACAGGACCCUCUAGGGAGUGUGAACAGGUGGCUCAUUGAUACAGGAGUGAUGCAAGGCUAUGUGUAUUCCUCAUUUCUGAGACCAUACAAUCCUGCCGCUGGCCAGAGUGGAGUGUCAACAGACGGAUCGGUGCUUGAUGAGGAUUUUGAUGACAUUAGCCUGUUUGUAUCUUCACCCUGCGGAGAUACCAACAAUGCAAGGAAUCUGCACUUUAAUGCCAGCGAUGGUGGGGACCCUCUCAACGAUUCUCAGGAAGUAUCUACACCAGAGACAUCAACAGUUAAUGGAAAUGAUGACACCUCAAGUGACCUAGAAGAUCAGCAGAUCUUUUAUGCAGUUUAUCCUUUUGAAGCACGGAGUAAAUAUGAACUCAGCCUUCAGGAAUAUGAGCGAGUGACAAUCGUGAAACCCAGUGACUUGAGUGGUAAUCCAGAUUGGUGGUUGGCAGAAGUUAAAGGGAAACGGGGCUACGUCCCUGCUAACUAUCUGGGAAGGAUGACCUAUGCAUGAAGACACAGCUUGUGACAACCUUUAAAGAAACUCUUGGGUGGAAAGUCGUGUUCAUGUAGUUGCUCCCCAAGUUUACUAGAUCAUGGCAAAGGAGUUAAGUCUGCUUAUUUUAAACUCUGUCGUAGGAAGUGGGCAUUGUGGCUGGCCAGCAUGUAUUGCCCAUCCCUAACUGCUCUUGAACUGAGUGUCUUAAUGAGCCAUUUCAGAGGUCAAUUUGAGAAUCAACCACAUCGCUAUGGGUCUGGAAUUACACAUAGGCCAGAGCAGGUGACGGCAGCGAAUUUCCUUCCCUGAAGGAUAUUAGUGAGCCAGAUGGGAUUUUCCAACAAUCAGCAAUGGGUUUCAUGGUUGUCCAUAGAUCCUUAAUCCCAAUUUUUUUAUUUUUAAAAGUUGAGUACAAAUUUCACCAUCUGCCUUGGGGGAUUCCAUCCCAGGUUCCCAGACCAUUAGCUAAGUUUCUGGAUUGGUAGCCUAGUUAGUACAGCUUGGCCAUUGCCUCCCAGGAGGCAGAGAUGUGGAGAAUUGUAACAUGAAGACAUAGCUACAGGUAUCUAGUCUGGGUCACAGUAAUUCCUAUUGAUAACUGUGACUGAAUGCAGUCACACUCCCAUUCUCAAGCAUCUGGAUCUAACAGCGUCUAUCUGUUCCACAAGGUCCAAGGAACAGGGUCUCUGUGUUUACAAAGUAUUGAAUGCUUUGCAAUGAAAUGAAGGGAAUUUAACUUAUCAUGAAGGAUAUGAAACUAUUAGUUGCAACUUUGGAGGGGAUUGUAGCCCCAUGCCUAUGUAUAUAAGUGUGUUGUAUGUGUAUGUGAGAAGGAAAUGAACACGUGAGAGGAAUAGUGACAGUUCACUUGCUUCCAGUCAAAUGACCAAAGACCACAUUAAUUUAUAUUCUUGAGACCUAAAGACACACAUUACCAUUAAGCAUUACUCCUGUGGAGUAAGGCAUUUUAAAUUAAAGUUGAAAAACAUGUUUCUCCAAAUAUUUGCGAAUGAGCCAUGUGUAAAAUGAUGCAGCUCGGACGGAGGUCUUUCAGCCCACUGUGACUGUGGAAGCUUUUUGAAUGAACUCGCUGAUUCUCCAGUCUUGUUGGCAGGAUGGGUGUGUAUGCGUAUCAUUUGUAUUAAAACUGACAGAGGAAGCAAUGCCAGAUAAACCACAUUAAGUAUGUACUAGUGACAGUAACUUCUAAAGUAAUAAUGGGUCUGACACACUUUGGAGAAUCAAAUGGUAACAUUCCUGAUUUGCUGAACUUUGACAUCAGUGAUGAGGAAAUUAAGAGCACCGGGUGCAUAGACUUUCAUGCCUGUUUGCAUGGCAUUACCUGAUUGGAAGAAGGCUUGGAAAUAAACUCUGUCCCUGGAAAUGGAAUCCUAAAAGCACUCGGUUAAUGAUAACAAGGUGUAGAGC